AUGUUACAGGUGGACUUUGCCUGUUCUCAACAGUUCAGUCAGUACAGUGGCUACAGUGACACUUUUAAGUGGGUAGGGCCUCACAGAGACGACUUUGAGAGGGAUGAUGUGCAGAGGCUACACAGGCAGAUUGUGGCCAUGGAUGCUCUCCACUUCAGACACCAGAGAGAACAGUACAACAUGAAACAGGUCACCAGGGAACUCAACAAGGCGUAUUGUGGCUUUAAGGCAGAUGACAACACUUACCCAGACUUCCUUCCUGACAUCGCCACGGGCAACUGGGGCUGCGGAGCCUUCAAUGGAGACCCCAAACUUAAAGCUCUGAUCCAGCUGAUGGCUGCAGCCAGGGCCAAGAGGGACGUGGCCUUCUUCACAUUCAAGAACUUCAGCUUGGAGAGAGAGCUGCAGAACAUGCACCACCACUGUCACACACAGAACUACAGGGGUGAGCUGUAUGAGUUGCUGGAUGACUACUGUGCUGUGAUACGAUCGGCUCACACACAUGUGGACCUGUUUGAUUGGAUCAGGAAUACCCUGAAACACAUGAGUCAGCCUUGA